AUGUCGGGUCCUACAAGUAGCUUUCAGGAGAUUCCCGUCAUCGACCUGGCCCUGGCAGAUGAUCCCACAUCGCUCCCGGCUCUUCUCAGCGCUCUUCGCAUCGCUCUUACAGAGGUGGGAUUCCUAUACAUCUCAAAUCACAAGGUGCCUCAACAAGUACUUGACAGUCUCGUUGACAUACUUCCGAGGCUAUUUGCUCUGCCAGACAGUGCAAAAAAGGCAGCAGCUUUAGAGAACUCGAAGCAUUUCCUUGGAUACUCGGGAGCAGGCACGGAAAUCACAAAUGGCCAGGCCGAUGUCAGGGAGCAAAUCGAGUUUGCAACAGAAUUGGCAGCUAUCUCAGAUCCUAAUGAACCUCUCUAUGAAGGCCUCAGAGGUCCCAACCAGUGGCCUACUGGACUCUCGGAGCUGCGACCAAUUGUUGAGGAUUACAUCUCCGAGUUGACUCUUCUUGGAGAACGGUUUCUUAUCUUGGUUGCUCAAGCGCUAGAAUUACCCAGCCACACAUUCGAGUCUUUUCUCUCUGAUCAGCAUAGGCUCAAGCUUGUACAUUACCCUGCUGUAACUGGAUCAGGCCAGGGAGUUGGUCCUCACAAGGAUUCAUCCGGCUGGUGGACGUUUUUGCUUCAGGCUUCACCACCAAGCGUCAAGGGAUUGCAAGUUCUCAACAAGGCUGGCGACUGGAUCGACGUCCCCGUAAUUCCGGGCACGCUUGUGGUAAAUAUUGGUCAAGCAUUCGAAGUAGUAACGCAUGGCAUUUGCAAGGCAACCAUACACCGAGUGCUCUCAAGUGGCGAUGAAAGAUUCAGCAUUCCCUUUUUCCAAGGCGUACGGCGAGACUUGACCAAAAGUCAGGCUCUUGGGACUUUGGAGGAUCACUUUUCCAAUUUUCGGCGCGAUGCUGGUCUUGAAUCAGAGGAAAGCAAGGCCAUUGACUCUCCGUUCCUACGUGGCAAAUACGACACUUGGGGGGAAAGCCAAUUGCGAACUAAGGUACGGUCACAUAGAAUCAACGGUCAGAAGUUUUAUCCUACAGUGUAUAAGCAAUACAUUGAAGAUGAUAUGUAG